CCUGCCGUGGAACGCCCCCGGCAGCGGUUGCCAGGGGCAACGUUUGUGCGGCUGUGGGCUGGCGGGGGCGCGAGUAGCAAGCGGACGCUGAGGCUGCGCCCGGACCCGACCCGACCCGACUCGCUACAAAUGGCGGCGUGAGGAGCAACAACCCCGGCCACCAGCGCCCCACACUCUCCACGGCCUCGGAGGACAUGAUCAGGCACAAUCUGGCAGAAAGGAUGUCCCCUACUGUAAGGUGAUGAAAUGAAGAAGUUAAAAGGAUCAAAAAGGUUUUCUAGGAAAGAACAAAAAAAGGAUGUUAAGAAGCAGCCUGCUAAAUCCAUGAUGAACGAUAUAAAAAUGAGUACAACUUCUUCAGACACAAAAGAAGCAAAAGCCUUGGACAUCUCUGAAAAUCCUGUUGAACCAACCACAAGUAAUGCAAACAGAACUUUAGAACAUAGCAAAGGCGAUGAUAAUUUAACUGAUAGUGAAAAAGACGAUGAUGAUGAUAUUGAUGGUAAAAGCAACUCGAGAGAAGAAAAAACGGCACCAAUUGAGUUGAUGGGAGAGUUCUUGAAGGCAGUAAUGGAACGAGACUACAAGUUGUCAAGUAAGCUUUGCCAAAUGAUUCUCCUUUAUGAGCCUGAAAACCCAGAGGCCAAACAAUUCAAGGAACUUUUGGAAAUAAAAAUAAAGUUAGAUGAAGCUGCAUCAACUCAUCAAGAUGAUGGGGAAGAGAGUAAUGAAAGUGACAACAGUAAUGAAGAUGAUAGUGAAGAUAGUAAUGAUGAAAGUGAAAGAUCAGAUGAAGAAUCUAUUGCUUCAACUGAAAGUGAAAAUACAUAGACACCAACAAUUUCUAUUAAAAAGUAUGUUCACAGCACUACUAUAUCUUAAAACAGCAAGCUUCAUUGUCAAUUUGUAUUAUACUGAAUCACUUGCAACAAGUUAUGUUCAAUUCAUAUGUUUAAAUGCGGUAUCCUUAGAUGAUAAGAGAAAAGUAAAACACCUUAAGAACUUUGAUCAUCAAACAACUGUUUGUAAUGUUUGGACUUUCUUGCACAUUUAAGUGUCAAGAUCUCUCUAUACCUGGCAUUUUAGUAGAUAUGGCUGUAACUAUCAAUAAUCACGUUUCAGAUUAUUUUAUGAUGGAUUACAAAUCAAGUCUUGCUUCCAUCCAAGACAUUUGUCCAGCAACUACUUGCUGAAAUUGAACAAGAAUCAAAAUUAAAAUCAUUUCUUGUCAGAGCAGAGGGGGUUUAAAAUGGCUUAAGCUUCUUCCAUUUCUAAUGCACAUGUGUUAUGUGAUUAAACAGAUUUCUACAAUUAAUGCAUGUGGGUCUUAUAUUUGAAGACAGUGAUAACAUGUAAUUCUACUUCUCAUAUUCCUUUCUGCACAACAACUAAAGUAUCUAGAAAGUCCAGUAACUAUUUAUAUGAGCAGUUGGAAGUUUUGGGUUGUCUUCACUUUCAAGUUUGGUCAAAAAUGGACGUUUUAUAUCAAUGUUGGAUCACUUAAGGAAUACUGCGAUUUUUAAAAAAUGUGUUGGUCAAACCUUGCAUUGUUUAGCAACUCGUGAAUGUGCAAAUGGCUGAGUUUUUGGAAAUGUGUGUGUGUGUGUGUGUGUUAUCUAGGGGAAAUGUCAAAUCUGAAAAUUUAAACCUAAAAUUUAAAAUAGGUUUAAAUUUUCAGAUUUGACAUUUCCCCUAGAUAACACACACAAAUUUCCAAAAGCUUUCACUUUUGCAAACGUGCAAGUAUAUAAUCUCCUCCCAUACAGCCACUUUUCUGCCCCAGGCACACAUUCUCUUUAAUGCUUAGGGUAUGAUCUAAGUAAUAUGCAAGAUUCUAAAAAUGAUGGUCUUAAAUCUGCAAAAUAAGCAGAAAUUAAAUACAUGGAAAGAUAUUGGAUCAGAUUAAUCAGAAGUGCCAUGAUCAUUUUCAAUUUAGAGCAAUAAUUUUGACAAAAAUAAUCUGGUUCUGUUUUGUUUUGACUAUUUUCAUUUAAACAGAAAAAUAAUUAUAUGUCAGGGUACCUAGCUUUGACAAAUUAUUAAGACAUUGUGAAUGAAAUUAAAUUCAGCAAAGAUGUUGUAAUCAACCUGAUGAGUUUUUGCAAUUAGUCCCUCUUCAAUUAAUUAUAUACUAAUUUAUCUCCCUUGCAGAAUCUGGCUAAGUAAAUCUUUCAAGCAGUUUUCCCAAUAUGAGACAUGUUACAAGAACACAAUUCUCAGGGAAGAAAUGUACAUAAUAUGUUUGUAUGUAAUAUUUUAUAUUUUAUAGAAAUGUACAAAGAAGCUGAAACAAAGGUGUAUUUAGCACGUUCUACUGGACAAUUUGCAAUUAUACAAUUUGGAAGUUUCAACAUUAAUUCACUUUGACUGUUAAUACUCGAGAAAGCAAAUGAAUCAUCCUAAUGACUAUGUUUGAAAGUUGUAACUUAGAAGUGUUGAAAUUGUUUUUGAGUACAGAAGUAAAAGUUAAAGAAUUAUUUGUGAAUCAACCAAAUGAAUAUAUAUUUAAAGGAAACCAUGCAAAUAACUUGCAUUACUCUUGUUCCAAUAAUCUGGAAUGACAGUAGGAUACUAGAAUCUUUAGUCAUUGUACAAUAAGCACAGAUUCUAUUUGUCAUACUAACUUUGCAUUUAUGAUGUAUCAUGUUGCUAUCACCUAAUUUUUCUCAUUCAAUCAAAAAAUUGAAGAGCUAAUAUUUUAACAAUGGUAAAUGUUUCUUUCCCCAACAGGAGGCAAGAAGUAUGUAUCUCUGUCUUGUGCAGUGUAAAUAAAUUUAUCCCGUUACAAAUUAAUGCUACAAAA